AUGAGCACUUCGAGCUCACCGAAGACGCUAACAAAGGAACAAUUGAACCUUAUUGAGACAAGGAGACAAGAAGCUCUUGCUAGACGUAGACGGAUCCAACAGGCUGCCAGAGCUCCUGUUUAUUCUCCAGUUGUCAUUCGACCCGAUUCCGCUGAUCAUGGUUUGCAGUCAGUGAUUGUUCCGAUACAAGAGCAUCAUGUUUCUCCACCACAAGAUCUAAGAAGGACGUCAAGUAAAUCUGCUGGACAAUCAAACAGUAUCACGCACCGCGUCGUUACUCCCGAGAAAACUCCUACGACAAACAAAGUCGUUGAGACCGAACAUGUGAGACCUCAGUGCUUUUGGGACGACCUGGAAGCGGCUGCGGAGAUUGUCCAAUGGGAAAAUGAACAAAUGGCUGAAGUGGCGCUCGAGCAACUUCCUGCGACGACAGCGACGAAUGUUAACCAAGAGUUUGGUACUCUGCAACAUGAAGUCAGACAACUUACAGAGGUGGAAACACCUAACAUUCAGCCGCCUGCAGUCGUUUCUCUUUCUCAAGAGUUGCUCGCUGCUGCAGAUAUCAUUCAAUGGGAGAAGGAACACGAAGUGCCAGGUGACAGCUCAGGUAGCGAUCAUGAGCUCGAGGCUCCACAAUUUCAGCUGCUGCCUGUGCAGAUCACCGACGAUUGUGAGCAGCAGAACGAAAAACUUCCUGAAACGUAUUUCUACAAACACUUAGCAGCUAUUCCUAUCUUACCUAUCUUGCUAAACCUACUUUUAACCUACUCUACCUAA